AUGACGACCCAGCAAGAGGAAGAUCAACUACAUGACUCCGAGAACGAUGAAAACCAAUCAUCUUUAGAAGGCCUGACGGAUACUUCUGACGCAAAUUUAAAGGACGACAACAGCGAUGACGAUGAUGUUAAGCAAGGUGAAAACUCAUCAGGAAAGCAAAUUUACACAGUGGCAGAUAGACCGCCGGAAUAUUGGGCUCAAAGAAAGAAAAAAUUUCUGCUAAAUGUAGAUCCGAAAUACGCCAAGCAAAGAGACAAGUCCGACACGUACAAACGAUUCAAGUAUUUAUUAGGCGUCACAGAUCUUUUCCGUCAUUUUAUUGGUAUUAAGGCUAAGCACGAUAAAAACAUUCAAAAACUUUUAAAACAGCUAGAUUCCGAUGUCAACAAACUUUCCAAAUCACAAAACUCCAUCAGCUCCUCAUUACGUCACCAUAGAAAAACAGAAAAGGAGGAAGAUGCUGAAUUAAUGGCUGACGAGGAAGACGAAAUUGUGGACGAGUAUCAGGAAGACAUAUUCGUAUCCGAGUCCCCCUCUUUUGUCAAAUCAGGAAAAUUGAGAGACUACCAGGUGCAAGGUUUAAACUGGCUCAUUUCGUUACACGAGAAUAAAUUAUCUGGUAUCUUGGCAGAUGAAAUGGGAUUGGGUAAAACUUUGCAAACAAUCUCAUUCUUAGGUUACCUAAGAUAUGUCAAGCAAAUUGAGGGGCCUUUUUUGAUCAUAGUACCGAAAUCAACUUUGGAUAAUUGGAGACGAGAGUUCCUCAAAUGGACUCCAAACGUUAGCGUCCUCGUGUUACAUGGUGACAAAGAUUCAAGAGCCGGUAUAGUACGAAAUAUAAUCCUAGAAGCCAGAUUUGAUGUAUUAAUCACAUCUUAUGAAAUGGUUAUCAGGGAGAAAAAUGCUCUGAAAAGGUUGACCUGGCAAUAUAUCGUAAUCGAUGAAGCUCACAGGAUCAAAAACGAGCAAAGUGCGUUAUCCCAAAUAAUUAGACUGUUUUACUCCAAAAAUAGACUAUUGAUUACGGGCACGCCUUUACAAAACAAUCUCCACGAAUUAUGGGCUCUAUUGAAUUUCUUAUUACCUGAUAUAUUUGGAGAUUCUGCGGUGUUUGAUGAAUGGUUCGAACAAAAUAAUUCUGAGCAAGAUCAAGAAAUUGUGGUUCAGCAAUUGCACUCAGUGCUGAACCCUUUCUUGCUGAGAAGAGUGAAAGCAGAUGUUGAAAAAUCCUUAUUACCUAAAAUUGAAACCAAUGUUUACGUCGGCAUGACUGAUAUGCAAAUCCAAUGGUAUAAAUCGUUACUAGAAAAGGACAUAGACGCUGUUAAUGGUGCUGUCGGGAAAAGAGAGGGAAAAACAAGAUUAUUAAAUAUUGUCAUGCAAUUGAGGAAGUGCUGUAACCACCCAUAUCUUUUUGAAGGUGCAGAACCUGGUCCGCCCUACACGACAGAUGAACAUUUGAUUUUUAACGCAGGAAAAAUGAUUAUACUAGAUAAGCUACUGAAAAGAUUGAAAGAAAACGGAUCUAGAGUAUUAAUCUUCAGUCAAAUGUCAAGGCUAUUGGAUAUUUUAGAAGACUAUUGCUAUUUCAGAGAUUUUGAAUAUUGUAGAAUUGAUGGUUCUACCAGCCACGAAGAACGUAUAGAGGCUAUUGAUGAGUAUAAUAAACCAAACUCUGAAAAGUUCGUCUUUUUGUUAACUACACGUGCUGGUGGGUUAGGUAUCAACCUUGUUACAGCAGACACCGUUGUCCUUUUUGAUUCUGAUUGGAACCCUCAAGCCGACUUACAAGCAAUGGAUAGAGCGCAUAGGAUCGGUCAAAAGAAACAAGUUCAUGUUUAUCGAUUUGUUACAGAAAACGCUAUUGAAGAAAAAGUCAUCGAACGUGCCGCACAGAAAUUGAGAUUAGAUCAAUUGGUUAUACAACAAGGUACCGGUAAGAAAACCGCAUCUCUUGGUAAUUCAAAAGAUGAUCUCUUAGAUAUGAUUCAGUUUGGUGCUAAAAACAUGUUUGAAAAAAAAGCAAGCAAGGUUACUGUUGACGCAGACAUCGAUGAUAUUUUGAAAAAGGGUGAACAAAAGACACAGGAGCUAAACGUCAAAUAUCAAAGUUUAGGGCUUGAUGAUCUACAAAAAUUCAAUGGAAUUGAGAAUCAGUCUGCUUACGAAUGGAAUGGUAAAAGCUUCCAAAAAAAAUCGGACGACAAAAUUGUAGAAUGGAUUAAUCCUUCCCGAAGAGAAAGAAGGAGAGAACAAACAACAUAUUCAGUUGAUGAUUACUAUAAGGAGAUUAUCGGCGGCGGAUCUAAAUUAGCAAGUAAACAAACUCCACAACCAAAGGCACCACGUGCUCCAAAGAUUAUACAUGGUCAGGAUUUUCAAUUCUUUCCGAAGCAGUUGGAUGCCUUACAAGAAAAAGAACAACUUUCCUUCAAGAAGAAGGUUAACUACAAAGUUACCUCCUAUGAUAUUACAGGAAAUACACCAAAUGAAGGUAGUGAUGCUGAAGAAGAAGAAGAGGAAUAUAUAGAUGCGGCGGAUGGAGAAAGUCGUACAGUUCAUGAAGAACUAAAAAGGAAAAUCCAGGAGGAACAAGAAAAGAUCAACUCAGCGCCCGAUUUUACUGCAGAUGAUGAACUGGAGAAGCAAGAGUUAAUAUCACAAGCCUUUAGUAAUUGGAAUAAAAGAGAUUUUAUGGCGUUUAUCAAUGCCUGUGCGAAAUACGGUAGAGAUGAUAUGGAGAAUAUCAAGAUAUCUAUAGAUUCAAAAACGCCAGAAGAGGUCGAAAAAUAUGCCAAGGUUUUCUGGGAAAGGCUAAAGGAAAUUAGCGGAUGGGAGAAAUAUUUACACAAUGUCGAACUUGGAGAGAAAAAGAAUGAAAAACUGAGAUUCCAAGAAGCUCUAGUAAGACAGAAAAUUGAACAAUGUAAACAUCCGUUGCAUGAGCUGGUAAUACAAUACCCACCAAAUAAUGCAAGAAGAACUUAUAAUACGUUAGAGGAUAAGUUUCUGUUACUGGCGGUCAACAAAUACGGCCUUCGUGCUGACAAACUUUACGAAAAAUUGAAGCAAGAAAUUAUGAUGAGUGACCUAUUUACUUUUGAUUGGUUUAUUAAAACAAGAACAGUACACGAAUUAUCAAAGAGAGUCCAUACGCUGUUGACUUUAAUUGUAAGGGAAUAUGAGCAGCCAGAUGCAAACAAGAAGAAACGAAGUAGAACCGUAGCAACUAGAGAGGAUACUCCUCUAUCCCAGAAUGAAAGCACACGAGCUUCUACAGUUCCAAAUCUUCCAUUAGGGAUUGUACCGAAUCAAAAGGAAAUAAACGAUCAUACUGACAAAAGACCCAAAAUCGAUCAAGAAGCGUGA